CAGCCGGGUGGGAGACCCUUCCGCGCAGUGCACCUGCCGGGGCUGCGCGCACCUGUGGGUCCCCAGGACAGAACGCACUGAGACCCCAUCCACGCCGGCUCCCAGGUGCAUGAAGGGGGACCCGGAUCCCGACCUUCGCAGCCUUAAAGGAGAGAAGGAAUGAGCCCAGCGUUCUGGAGGGAGCGACAGUUACCACUGCAUUUCAGCUCCAAGGAUUCAAGAAGCGAUUGCACAAGCAAAAGCGCCUGUUGGCAUCGAGGGCAGCGCGUGCAAAUUUAGAGGCCAACUUCUUUUUUUUUUUUUUUUAAUGAGAAGCGGAGUCCCGAGGCCAGCGGGGGCGGAUCGAGAUUAAAACGACAAGCCGUGAGGUGUACUCGGGAACGCGAUAACAGCCCAGAGUGGAGAGCGAUCGUCCUUUUUAAUCACCCAGACGGUGUUUGCGACAGCUGCGUUGUGGGGGGAGGGCGGGUGCGGGCAACGCGCCGGGUCCAUCUCCGAGGAAGCACCCCCGAAAGUGAAAGGGGAGGGACCGCGACCGCCGCGCCCUGCACCUGUGCGUGGCUUGAGCGGGGCCAGCCGAGCAGCCAGACCCCGCAGCAGGCCCCACUCUCCCGCCCCGAUGUGGUUCCUGGAGCGGCUCCGCCUGGAGCCCGGGCUGCUCCCCGGCAGGCUCCGCCGAGCCCCGGCCACCGCCUGCGCCAACGUGCUCACCCCGGACCGCAUCCCCGAGUUCUGCAUCCCGCCCCGCCUGGCGCCCUGCCCCGCCCUGGCGGCGCUCCGGGCCUCGGAGGAGCAGCGGGCGGGGGGCGACGACGCGGGGCGCACGGACUGGGACCCGCGCUCGCAGGCCGCGCUCUCGCUGCCGCACCUGCCCCGGGCGCGCACGGCCUACGGCUUCUGCGCGCUGCUCGAGAGCCCGCACACGCGCCGCAAGGAGUCGCUGCUGCUCGGCGGGCCCCGCAUCCCCGCGCUCCCGCGCCCGCCCGCCGCCCCGCCGCGCGCGCUGCGCCCCGGCCCCGACCCCGGCCCCGGGGACGCGCCCCGCCGGCCCCCGCGCGCCCCCGCCGCCGCCCGCCGCCUCCUGCGCGCCCCCGAGGGGCUGCUGAGCCGCGCGCGCCGCGCACACCGGAGCCUCGGCCUGGCCCGCGGCCGCUCCGCAUCCGGCGGGGACGAGCGCGCCGACGGGAGCGAGCGCGCCGGCGGCUUCGGGGACGAGCCUCCCGCGGGCCCCCUGCGCGCGGCCGCCGCCUCCAGCCCGGCCCGAGGGCGCCCCCGCGUCCGUCUGCUCGGCACCGCCGCCCCGGCAGCCCAGCCCCGCGCCCCCCCGGCCUCCCGCGCCGGCUCCGGGCUGCGGCCCCCCGGCCCCGCUCGCCCGCGCCGCCCCGUCGGGGUCCCGCCCCGCCGCCAGGCCGCCUCCCGCCGCGACGGGCCCUCGGGGGCUGGGGCGCCCGGCCGGGGAGCGGGGCCGCCUGCGGGGUGGGGACGGGCGGCCCGGACCCCAGACCCGCCGCGCCUGCCGCCGGCUGCACAAUAAAACGUAU